CGCGGAUGCUGCGACGUAUCCCGGAGUUUCCAGUGUUGGCGUGCACGAGCGCUCGCGAGUCUUAGUCUCGUAGUGGAGAAAUUUCAGUGGCGUGUUUUCAAGAAGUCCGGAAAAAUGCCGUGAAGCUUGGUGUACGACGAUGAAGUCCUCCAAGUACACCCAAGCCAGCACGCCCAACGACAACGACUACCGCGACUACCAAAACGUGGGCGUGACCCUCCUCGACGACGGCAACCAGAACGUCGACCCGAGCCACCGCAGCUCCGACUACCUCCUCCACACCUACCAACCCCCGGACCGUUUCAGCCCCAAUGCUAACCGCUUCCCUGUCGACAUCGAACUAUGCAACUGCGCCAAAGAGGCAGUGUUCAAAACCCAAGUCAACCGUUCCUUCAGCACACUACCGAAAUUCGAAAGCACCAAUCUCAGCCAAUACAGCCUCGACCGGAAAGUGACCAAGUUUGCGCCGCGACACAAGUUUCAGUGCGAAAGACCCAGAAUUCAGUCGCCUGAAAUUAUCAACAUCCAUCGCGGACCUAAUAACGUACUCUACGACGGUUAUGGUGAUGAGAAUUGUGCGAUAAAGUCCUGUGCUUAUGAUAAGGAGUUUAAGUGCGACGAUUAUGGCUUCAGGAGGGGGCAUCCGUUUAGGACGAGCGCGAGAUCCAACGUCAGCCACGGCCAUCCCAAAAGACGUCCGGCCAACGGCGAGGAUGCGGAAAUGGACGAUCCAGAGCUUAUGUUCGAAUUGACGGAACACCUGGGAGACUGUCAAUGCGCUUGCGAUCACGUCGUCUACAGCCCCAGCUACACCACUUGUCUCCAGGAAGACCGCGUGUUUGCCCCGGCGCCGGACGUGACGCGUCGAAUGGGCUCUCCGAAGGUGGCGGGCAAGACCGAGCCCCCCGGCUCGCCGCCCUACUACCGGUCGACCUCCGCCACCAGCUCCAGCUCAAACUCUGCAUCCUCGAGAAUUGAGCUCUCAACGCGCCACUGGUGGAUAAUUGUGACAGUGUUGCUGCUAGCGGCGGCUGCUGGGGUCGGUGUUCCUAUCGCCUUAAAGAUAAGCUCAAGUGCCUCCUUCGAGGAACGCUUGGAGUUUGCGACACGACUGCUCCAAGAAGUGCCUCUAAUCGACGGUCAUAACGACCUACCGUGGAACAUACGAAAAUUCCUACACAACAAACUGAAAAACUUUAAAUUCAACGAGGAUCUGAGGAAUGUCUCGCCGUGGUCGACGAGUGCCUGGAGUCACACGGACUUGGUGCGUCUGGAGGCGGGGCACGUCGCCGCACAGUUCUGGGCUGCAUACGUCCCUUGCGACUCUCAGUACAAGGACGCUGUCCAGCUCACCUUGGAGCAAAUCGACGUCAUCCGGAGGUUCACCGAGCUGUACCACCCCCGUCUCACCCUCUGCACAUCUUCCGAAGACAUCAAAUCGGCUUACAAACGACAUCAACUGUGUUCWYUGAUCGGAGUUGAAGGGGGCCACUCUCUAGCCGGCAGUUUGGCAGUUCUCCGCACCCUCUACCACGUCGGGGUCAGAUAUCUCACCCUUACAUCCACCUGUAAUACGCCCUGGGCUGAUUGUUCUUACGCAGAUAUGCCGGGGAGAAAGCCGGAACACGGCGGGCUCACCACUUUCGGAAAGAGCGUCGUAAAGGAGAUGAACCGUCUGGGCAUGAUAGUAGACUUAUCGCACGUUUCUGUGCGUACUAUGUGGGACGCUUUGGAAGUGUCCAAAGCUCCGGUGAUAUUCAGUCAUUCGUCCGCUCACGCACUUUGCAACUCGACCCGGAAUGUCCCGGAUGCCACUCUGAGGAAACUCGCCCUCAAUAAGGGCGUCGUCAUGGUCAACUUCUACACCCAGUUCCUUACAUGUAAAGAUGUGGCAACGGUUGCAGACGCCGUCGCGCACAUAAAUCACAUCCGGGAAGUGGCCGGUGUGGAUAACGUGGGGCUAGGGGCCGGAUACGAUGGGAUCAACUAUGUUCCCCAAGGGCUUGAGGAUGUCUCUUCAUACCCCACUUUGUUCGCCGAACUCAUAGGCACCGGAAAAUGGAGUGUGGAAGAUUUGAAAAAACUCGCCGGAUUGAAUUUCCUGCGAGUGUUGCAGGAUGUAGAGAAAAUAAGGGAUGAAUUUAAAAAAGCUAAUAUCCCGCCGUACGAAGAUGUAUUGUUGCCGCGACCGAAGAGUAACUGUACUUCCCAGGAUUGAUUAUAUCUUGUUGUAGUUUGGGACAUUGAUUGUUUUAUAAAUUGUAAAAUAAAAUUUGGUGCUAAAGAGGUGGCCGAAUCAAAAAGAAGGGACGUUAAUAGUUAUAUAAUGUUAUGUUUUACUAGGAAAUAUUGUAAUAAUUAGGUAAUUAAGGAGACCUUGGUGGAAAAAUUUCGCUUCGAAAUUAGUUUGUAGAGAUGAAACAGAACGUCGCAAGUCGUUCGAACCUUUACAUACAUAUAGCUUAAGUUUGUGAUACCUGAACCUUUUGUAAAAUUGUAUAUUUUAAAUAUUUUUGUGUACGUUAUUGUACGAUUUUGUUUGGAAACCUUAUGUGUUCAUAAAUGUACUAAUCCAAACACAACCAAUGACUGAUAGACUAUCCUAAAUCUUAUACCUACCAUCAUAACCAUUAGAUAGAUUAAAAUCGAUGAAAAUUUUAAUGAAAACACUGCUAUGCAUGAUGGAAACGGAAUUUACUACAUUUUAUGAAUAUCGUUAUUAAAUUUAAUGGUAUUCAUAAAUGUAACCACUUAUUGAUUUUUAGCAAUAAUUUCUAAAAUUCUAUAGAUUAGAUUUUGCGAUAUUUCAUUCAAACUAAUACGAAUGUGUCUCGUAAAAAUGCUUGUAAUGGAUAUUCGUUGACAUUCUUAAAGAGUUUUAUUACGUCUGGAGAAAUUGUGAAAUACAUAGGACCAAUUUCUUACUGUUUAUAACUGUUUUAUGUGUACAUAAAGAUUGCUAAUAUUAUUAUCCAACAUAUCAUAGAGAUAGGGGGCCG